AUGCUCAGAAGCUUCAUUAGAAAAAUGUCCUCUUCUAUUUCUCAGCCCACGUGGGUGCAGCCGGUUACCGCCAACAAGGAUUUGCAGUCUACGCUGAAGUUGUACAACUCUCUGACUCGUGCCAAGGUUCCAUUCAUACCCAAGGAUGUGAAUGAAGUGACUUGGUAUAGUUGUGGACCUACUGUGUACGAUUCGAGUCAUAUGGGUCAUGCCAGAAAUUACGUCACUAUUGAUAUCAACAGAAGAAUAUUGCAGGACUACUUUGGCUACAACGUGACCUUUGUCCAGAAUGUGACUGACAUUGACGAUAAAAUUAUCAUCAAAGGAAGACAUGAGUAUUUGUUCCAGCAAUUUUCGUCCAGUCAUACUGAAAUCGAUUCUGAGCUUGUUUCGGAGGCCAGGGAGUCUUGGACCUCCUACGUCCAGAAAAACCUGCCAGGAUACGACUUUGCAGUGGGAUUUCCAGAGUGGACCAAAACCCUUGACCUGUCCAAAGCUGCUCAGGAAAAUCCUAAGACCCCUAUGUAUGUAAAGGCAGCUUCUGCGGCUUUGGUUCAAAUCAACGCGCCAACUACCAUUGAAGAGUUUCUGGCAGCCACCAAAGACGUGAUUGUACCCUCUUUGGACAAAAAGUUCGGAUCAACAGUGACUGAUCCAGAGGUGUUCCGCAAGCUCUCAGCGUUCUGGGAGAAUGAAUACAACAAGGAUAUGGCCAAGCUGAACGUAAUUCCUCCUACUGUCACCACCAGGGUGUCUGAGUACGUUCCUGAAAUCGUGGAGUUUGUGAGCAAGAUUAUUAAUUCCGGCUAUGCUUAUUCUACUUCGGAUGGAUCUGUCUACUUCAACACUGCCAAGUUUGACAAGGCUCCAAACCACGAUUAUGCAAAACUGCAGCCAUGGAACAAGGGAGAUUUAGAUCUGAUUGAAGACGGUGAGGGCUCUUUAUCGCUCUCUACUCAGGGAAAGAUUAGUCCUGCUGAUUUUGCGCUCUGGAAGUCAUCCAAGCCAGGUGAACCAUCCUGGGAUUCACCAUGGGGCCAGGGUCGUCCUGGAUGGCACAUCGAAUGUUCUGUGAUGGCGUCUGAUUUCGUUGGAGAAACGAUGGAUAUACACUCCGGUGGUAUAGAUUUGGCUUUUCCUCACCACGAUAACGAACUGGCCCAAUCUGAAGCCUGUUUUGAUUGCAAGCAAUGGGUGAACUACUUCCUGCACACCGGUCACCUGCACAUCGAGGGUCAGAAAAUGAGUAAAUCUUUGAAGAACUUCAUCACCAUUGAAGAAGCUCUCAACAAGUAUUCGGCCAGGCAAUUGAGAUUGUGUUUUGCCUUGGUUCAAUGGAACAACCAAUUGGACUUCAAGGAGAGUUUGCUGAAUGAGGUGAAAGCCAUUGAGUCGACACUGAGUAAAUUUUUCCAGAAUGUCAGGGCUUUGAACUCGGAUUACACCCACAUGGUUUCGGAGGGACAGAUAAUCUCGAAGAAGUUGGGUCUCAAGGAGAGGGAGCUACUUACUGAACUCCAGAAGACCCGUGUUGCUGUUAAUUCUGCUUUCUGCGAUAACCUUUCUACACCCGUUGCGCUGAGAUCUCUGUUGGAGUUGGUUCAGUCCGUGAACAACUACAUCCAGUCCGCUGGUGUGGAGCUGAGAAUAGAGCCUAUUAUCCAGGCAGCAAACUACAUCACCAGGAUUCUUGGUGUCGUCGGCUUCCAGUCCAGAUCUGAUAGUCUAGGCUGGGAGGACUCAUCUUCCACCGGAUCUGAAGGAUCGAGAGAAGAAGUUGCCAUGCCGUUUGUAAAGGUUCUUUCUACGUUCCGUGACUUGGUUAGAUCUUCAGCUAUAGAAAAGCAGGACUACAAGGUGUUUUUGGAUGCUACCGACAGGAUCCGUGACAAGGACUUGUUGGAUUUGGGUGUUGCUCUGGAUGACAGAAACAACCAGGCGGCUCUGAUCAAGUUCCUGUCUGCGCAAGAGCAGGAAGAGUUGACUAAGCAACAAGAGGAAAAGGAGAAGAUUGCACAGGCCAAGCUGGCCAAGAAGGUGGAACAGCUGAAGCUCAAAGAACAGCAGCAGAAGCAGCGAAUGGAGAAGGCCAAGCAGGUUCCCUCUGAGAUGUUUAAAACAGGUGAGUACCAAGGAUUGUAUUCGGAAUGGGACUCCGAAGGUUUGCCUGUAAAGGCAGCAGAUGGUACAGAGGUGACGAAGAGUGCCAGGAAGAAGUUGGUCAAGUUGUUUGAGCAGCAGAAAAAGCUUCAUGAAGAGUAUUUGAGUCUUCAAGACUAG